AUUCGUCAACAAAACCACGUGACUAGCUGCGCGGAAGUGAGCUGUGAAAAGAGUGGAAUGAGAGACUGGGGCCACUUGUCCACGUUUUGAGCUUCGAACAUGCCUCGCUCGGAGAUUCAUGUCUGUUUCUUCGUCUGGUUGACGUUUCUUCACGUCGCCAAUGCGUUCAAGAAUCAAACGUGGCCUGUGCCUUACAGACGUUUCGACCGCCGUCCCCAAGUGGACGCUUACUGUCAAGCUCUUUACCCCUUCUGUCCCACCGGAGACCAAGAUGGACGCAUUCCCAACAUGAAGGACACUGAUGUCAUUUCAGUGUAUCGUCUGCAGACUCCCGUAUGGGAAUUCAAGUUUGGAGACAUACUGGGAAAACUUCAUAUUAUGCAUGACGCUGUUGGCUUCAGCAGCGCACAGACGGGGGCCAACUACACUAUGGAAUGGUACGAACUCUUCCAGCUCGGAAAUUGUACUUUCCCGCACCUAAGACCGGACGCGUUCGCCCCCUUCUGGUGCAACCAAGGCGCUGCGUGCUUCUUUGACGGCAUCGACGAUUUCCACUGGGCACAGAACGGCACGUUGGAGAAAAUAGCAGAAAUCAGCGGUAAUCAGUUUAACGAUCUGGCCCAGUGGGUGAUUGACGACAAUACAACGGGCAUCUACUAUGAGACGUGGACGGUGCUUUCGCACGCGGGUCCCAACGCCACCAUGUGGUUCGAGUCGUACGACUGCUCGCAAUUCGUGCACCGCACUUACCGCAAGAUGAGCCAACUGGGGGCCAAACUGUCAAGCCGCUCCCAGACCAACUACACUAAGAUCUACCUGUACAGUGGGGAGCCCGUCUACCUUGGCAACGACAGCGCCAUCUUCGGCCAGCCGGCGCUUAAGAACCUAGCGACGGACAUCCGGGACUUUUACAACGAUUUCCGACCCCACCAGUCCAUGGCGGAGUUUGCGCUGAGCAUGCUGGAGGCUUACAAGAGAGUGGUGAUGGACAAAAGCUUCUACUUUUACUACAACUUUGAGUAUUGGAGGCUGCCAAUGAAAGCUCCUUAUGUGCGCAUCCAGUACGAGGAGGUGCCUUUGCCUUCAAAUUGACAAGCGAAAUUAUCUUUGCGUAUUUAAUAAACGAAUUAUUGUUGUCAAUCCGACCAAAUCCGGUGUCAUUGUACAGCAAAAGAACAAUGCAGUUGGUAUGGAAUCUAUAGCGCCGCAGAUAAGCUAAAAAUGUCAGAUUUGUCUCUUUUAGUCACAUUUUUUAACCCAUUCUUAAUUUGUGAUUGUUUUAUGUCAAAGCAAAGUCCAGGUUGAUUUAUUGAAGUCUAAUUUGUAAUGCUUGAUGAAAAUGAGAUCAGUUUGUCUUUUUGAAGAUGAAGGGGGUAGUUCCUAACCCAUUUUCAAACUUCGAGGUAUUAUUUUGUAAAUGUCAGAACAAACAUCCAGUUGGUUUCGAAUUUAGCUGAGGUAAUAUAUCCGUGUUCUUCUUUAUGUCCAGCCAAUCUCACCUUUUCAAGGAUGACUGAAACAUGUUUUUUUCUCUCAGGAACCAUUUUUUUCCCAAAAGGUGUAAUUAACUAUGGUAUAUUAAGUGCCAGAAGAAAAUUUAGGCUCAGAUUCCAGUCAGUUUUCCUUUUUUCAAAAUUUCCAACACAUUUUAUGGCUUCCUAUCAAAACAAGAAUGAAGUUUUGAAAGAGGAAUGAAAUGUCAUAAGCAAUGUUUCCAUUCACAAAUGUUUAUUAGCAGUAGACCACAUGUCCAAAAGUCAUGUUCAAAUCUCAUGUCAGAAGAGCGGUAAAGCAAAGAC